AUGGAUAUACCUAAUAAUGACAAUGAAACUUUAUCACAAACUAUUGUUGCUCCUGGUGAACAACAAUCAAUUGAAAUGCAAGAUGUUUGUCAAACAAAUGAUCUCGAUGAAAUUUUAAGGCGAAAUGAAAAUCGUUGUAUUCAAUUAACUGAUUCAGAUGAUAAAGAACAUGUUAAUUUUAGUUUAUCAAUGAAUCGUACAACACCUCCAACGAUAAAAACAGAUGAACUAAAAUCGACAACUCCUAAAAUGCCUGUUCGUUUAUCAUCAUCAUCAUCAAUAUCAAAUUUAAUUUCGACAAGUUCAUUAACAUCGACAUGUAAAGAACGUUCAUUAUCUUGUUCAUUUGGUGGUCGAGAAAGUAUUCUUCAAUUCAAAGGUGAACUAGCUGGUCGUGUUAUAAGACAAGUACGAGCUUUCGAACAACGUUCAUCUAAAAAUAUACAGAACUGUUCAAUUGUACCAACGAGUACAUCAACAUUAUCACUACAACAGAAAUUUGAUGAUAGUCAAACUGAAUUAACCAGUAAACCUUCAUCACGAAUAAAAUUAUUUCAUCGUCGAAUGGUACCGGGGAAGUAA